AUGGCAGCGUACGAUGAAUAUCCGUCACAACCCACAAAGGCGUCCUCGUCUUGGGUGAGGAGACUGGAAACGGCCGCCGAGCCAGGCCUCUCAAGCAAGCAGCUGUUCCUCACAAACCAUGACUUGAAGCCUGUCGAGCCGGCACGGCGCCAAUGGAGGCACAUCUCCUUCGUCAAUUUUUGGAUUGCCGACUCUUUCAACAUCAACACAUGGAUGAUUGCUGCCUCGUCGCUGCAAAGCGGCUUGAGCUGGUGGCAAGCAUGGAUCUGCGUCUGGGUCGGAUACUCGAUUGCUGGCUUCUUCAUCGUCUCAACGGGUCGCAUAGGCGCUACGUACCAUAUCGGGUUUCCUGUGGUCAAUCGUGCUUCCUUCGGCAUCUGGGGUUCCCUUUGGCCCGUCCUCAACCGAGCAGUCAUGGCUUGCAUCUGGUACGGUGUACAGUCAUGGAUUGGAGGACAAUGUGUGUUCUUAAUGAUCGCCAGUAUCUGGCCUUCAUUCGGUCAGAGUCCGAACCUGACCAGAGAACUGUCCAUGGGUGCUACCGUCAACUAUUUCGUCGGUUUUAUUCUGUUCUGGCUGGGAUCGCUUCCAUUCAUAUGGUUCCCAGUUCACAAGAUUCGCCACCUGUUCACGGUCAAGGCUAUCGUCUCUCCCAUUGGCGGCAUCUGCUUGUUGAUCUGGUGCUGCGUCCGAGCCGGAGGUGUUGGCCCGAUCGUGCGGCAGGGCGCCACUGCGACUGGUUCCAACCUAGCUUGGGCUGUCAUCGGUGGUAUCAUGGCCAGCAUCUCUAACUUCGCAACACUCAUCGUCAACGAUCCUGACUUUGCAAGAUUUGCAAAGACUCCUGGUGCUGCGCUGUGGCCGCAAGGGAUCACCAUUCCGGUGGGCUUUGGUCUGACUUCGUUCAUCGGAAUCAUCGCAGGCAGUGCCAGUGCUGUGAUCUACCCGGACCUUGGUGCAGUCUGGAACCCUCUGGACUUGAUGCGGCAAUUCAUCACGAAUGGGAAUCCUGAGAGCGGUGUAGGCAGUGCUGGAGAUCGCGCCGGGGUAUUCUUGAUCGCAGCGACAUUCGUUGUGGCGCAACUGGGCGUCAACAUCGCGGCCAACUCGAUCUCCGCUGGUACUGAUUUGACUGCGCUGCUGCCUCGCUUCAUCAAUAUUCGACGAGGAGGGUAUAUUUGUGCUGUGAUCGGUAUUGUCAUCUGUCCGUGGCAAUUUCUCACAAGCGCAUCCAACUUCACCACGUACCUAUCAGCCUACUCCGUCUUCCUCUCCAGCAUCGCAGGGCCUAUGAUCAUCGACUACUACUUUGUCCGCAAGGGCUACCUCCAAAUCCGUGACCUCUACAACGCCGACAGCGAUGGCCCGUACUACGGCAAGUUCGGCAUCCAGUGGCGCGGCUACAUCGCCUACAUCUGCGGUAUCCUCAUCAACGUCGUUGGCUUCGCUGGUGCUGUCGGUACUGAGGUACCCAUCGGCGCGACCUACAUCUAUCGCCUCAACUUCUUCACCGGGUUCAUUGUUUCUGGUGGGGUGUACUAUACCUUAUGUCGGGUCUUCCCACCGCCGGCACUUAGCCCGACGGGGCGGUGGAUGGAGGUUGGGGAUUUUGAGGAUCCGAGUCUGGUGGUUGGGGCGGACGAGGAGAGUGUGGCUGCGGGCCGCGUGUCGUCUGGGAUGGAGAGUCCGGAGAGGGGAGAGAAGAAGUGGUGGAGUAUUCGCAGUCGGAAGCUGUAG